AUGGAGGGCGGGAUGUUCCACCACGUCAACAACUGCGCGCAGAACCAGAACCACGCGACGCGCGUCUACGACGGCCAGGCCCUGCGAGAGCGCCAUCCCGAUCGCAGCGACCCCUUCCCUCCGGGCGUCGUCGAGGAUGAGAUCUCGAUCGCGUUCGGCCGACGGCACGUCGCGAAGCUCGUGGACGUGGUGUCUUUGCCGGGGUCCAAACUGAACGGCAAGGAGCGCGCGAAGGCGCUGCGGUACCUCCUCGGGUGCCUGUCGAACCAAGAGAGCAACGCGGAGGCGGUCGUGCUGAACGUCGCCGCGCCCGCGACCGCGCUGCUCGGCGACGGCAAUCCAGAGGUGCGACGGCUCGCGUGCGACGUCCUGAGCGGGUGCGACGCGUUGCUUCGCUCCGGCGCGAUCGAGACGAUCGUCGCGUCGAGCCUGAAGGACGCCGACGCGGCCGCGCGCGACGCCGCCGCGGGGGUGAUCGCGUCCGCGACGAGGACGCGGCCGGGGGCGGAGGCGGCGCUGAACGCGGCGGACGGCGCCGUCGUGCCGGCGCUGCGAGACAUGAUCCUCGGCGCCGACUCGGGCGCGUUCUCCUUACACUGGUCCCCAUACGACCCCGUCCGCGUGGUGAACGCCGUUUCUUAA